CAUUUGUGACACCCUUUGAUUAUGGCCGCCUAGCAAUUUGCAAUUCGCAACUCGCAAACUCGCAUAGAAUCACUUUCUCUCUCUAAAUUAUUUUAUCUCUCUUCCUUCAAUUUAGCAUUGAAUUUCCAGCCCUUUUAAUUCCAAGCAAACCAUAUUUGGUUUCAUUUCCCUUAUUUGGAUUCACCGUACUAUCGCUUAUAUUGUCAGCUUCUUCACCAAAAGAAGAAGAGAGAGAGAGGAUUCAAAUUCAAUAACCGAAAAUAAGAAAAAAAGCCCAGACUUUUAGGGUUUGCACUCUUUGGAUGCAAAUUAAGAUUAGAUGGGUGACGUUGAAGAGAUUGGACCUGAUAUUAGUUCGGAUAUAGAAGAAGACUUAAGGUGUGAAAAUAUUGCGGAUAAAGAUGUCAGUGACGAAGAGAUUGAAGCUGAAGAGUUGGAGAAACGAAUGUGGAAGGAUCGAAUCAAACUCAAAAGGCUCAAAGAAAAAGAAAAACAGAAACUUGAAGCUCAACAAGCUGCAGAAAAGCAGAAGCCCAAGCAGACAUCUGAUCAGGCUCGAAGAAAGAAAAUGUCAAGAGCACAAGAUGGGAUUCUCAAGUAUAUGUUGAAGCUGAUGGAAGUGUGUAAAGCUCGUGGUUUUGUGUAUGGUAUCAUUCCUGAGAAGGGAAAGCCAGUGAGCGGUGCUUCUGAUAACAUCAGAGCUUGGUGGAAAGAAAAGGUGAAGUUCGAUAAGAAUGGGCCUGCAGCCAUAGCCAAGUAUGAGGCGGAGUGUCUCGCCAUGAGUGAUGCAGAUAAUAGUCGAAAUGGAAAUUCUCAGAGCAUCCUCCAAGAUCUACAAGAUGCAACUCUUGGUUCUCUAUUGUCUUCUUUGAUGCAACACUGCGACCCCCCUCAAAGGAAGUAUCCAUUAGAAAAGGGAAAUCCACCACCUUGGUGGCCGACAGGAAAUGAAGAUUGGUGGGUCAAAUUGGGGCUACCCCAUGGUCAGAGUCCUCCUUAUAAGAAGCCGCACGACUUAAAGAAGCUGUGGAAAGUCGGAGUGUUAACAGCUGUGAUAAAGCAUAUGUCACCUGAUAUCGCAAAGAUAAGGAGGCAUGUCCGCCAGUCAAAAUGCUUACAGGAUAAAAUGACAGCGAAGGAGAGUGCAAUUUGGUUAGGGGUUCUAAGCCGAGAGGAAUCCCUCAUUCGGCAGCCUAGUAGUGAUAAUGGGACAUCGGGCAUAACUGAGACGCCACAAAGUAGCCGUGGUGGAAAGCAAGCUGCUGCUAGUAGUAACAGUGACUAUGAUGUUGAUGGUACUGAUGAUGGGGUAGGGUCUGUUUCAUCCAAAGAUGAUAGGAGGAACCAGCCGAUGGAUCUAGAGCCAUCAAGCAAUCUUUGCAAUAACACUCCUAAUCAUGUCCAAGAUAAAGAGCGAGGUGAAAAGCAACCAAGGAGAAAAAGGCCCCGCAUCAGAGCAAGCCCUGUUGGACAACUUCCUGCACCAUCUCAUAAUGAGAAUAUACAUCUUGGACCAAGAAAUGAUUUGCCUGAUAUAAACCAUACUGAUGUACAGAUGAUUGGAUUUCGGGUUCAUGACAAUCAACAGGAAAAUGGUACAAACACAACUUUACGGCCGCUGGAGAAGGAUCUUGAUAUCCAAGGACAAUUACCAGCAUCUGAGUUUAACUACUACUCUGCUGUACCUUCAGACAACGUAAUUUCAACACAGGGCAUGCAUGUGGGUGGAACACCCAUGCUUUAUAAUGGGGUGCAAGAUGCUGAGGUGCAUCGUGGAGAUAAAUUUAACGCUUAUAAUCAAUCAGCAGAAUAUCCGCCCAGUCAUGACCAGCUGCCGUCUCAGAUUGUGAUGAAUGAACCGCAGAUUAGACCAGCAGAUGGAGCCCAUAUACCAACAGUACAUAGAAAUGGAAGUGAAAUUGCUGGAGGUGAUUUGCCAUAUUAUGUAAAGGACACAUUUCAGAGUGAGCAAGACAGAACUGUUAAUGCUAACUUUGGGUCUCCAAUUGAUAGCCUGUCAUUAGAUUAUGGAUUAUUCAACAGUCCAUUCCACUUUGGAAUUGAUGGAAGUGGUUCAUUAGAUGACCUUGAGCUUGAAGAAAUGAUGGAAUACUUUGCGGCAUAACUUAUUAGGUCCUAUGUCACAUAGCUUAGAAUGUAAGUCAUGUUUCUGUCUUAUAUGUUACGUUAUUUAUAACUUGUGUCCAGAUGUUUCUCAUCUUGUUAAUAACUUGUGUUCACAAUUUGAUCAAGAUUCUUAUUUCUCAGUGUUUCUCAUACUUCCUUGUUUAUAACUUUGUUCAGAAUUUGAUCAAGAUUCUUAUUGUUAUAAAUGUUAUUUUUAUUUAGGGACUGAAAAAUUGUUGCAUUCUUUGCCCACCUGGGAUAAAGUCCGGUACUGUGUGUUGGACAUAUUCUCAUCUGGGUUUUAUCAUUUGUGUAUUCCAAGACUGUAAGUUAUGAUUAUAAUUUUUUUGAACUCA